AUGUCCAACAAGGAGGAGCUCCUGGUCCAAGAAUCCACCACCGCGAUCAUCCCCAGCACCAAUCGCUCCCCUCCCACCACCCGAUUGGCCCGUUUCCUCCUGCCUCGCGCGGACGGCGCUCGUCUCCCGGCCCUGCCAUCCCCGUCACGCAAUGGCGGCCCCGUUCUUGGCGAGGAGCUCCGCGUGGAAUGGAGGGGCUGGCCCGGCUCCUCGAAGCUGUGGAGACGGUGGGUGGCCAAGCUUCGGCCGCAGCACGAGGGCUUGUGGCGGAGAGUCGGUAUCUUCGACGCCAUUCUCGCGACCACACGCCAGGUGCGGCGUGACGAGGGCCUUCUGCUCCAGCUCAUGGCGUUCUGGUCCAAAGAGACCAGCACCUUCGUCUUCCCGUGGGGCGAGGCCACGGUGACGCUGGAGGACAUGGCCGUGCUUGGGGGGCUGCCACUGUUGGGCAAGCCCGUGAGCGCGGAGCUGCCGGAUGCGCUGUGCGGGGAAGUGGCCGCGCUCAAGGCCACUCGGAGCGCUGUGAACCGGAGCAAGAGCAGGAAAGCGAAGUAUUCCAUCUGGGCAAAGUACUUUUUGGACCGGCCACGGGAGGAUGAUGUCGCCGGCGGCCGCAGCGGAGAAGACGCGGCUGGCAGAUUGCUCGAGCACGGGGCAUUCUUGGCCAUGUGGCUCUCCGCCUACGUGCUCCCGUCGCGCCCGUUCGACGUGGUUCAGGCGCGGGUGUUCCCCAUCGCCGCUCAGCUGGCACGCGGCCAGAGUGUGGCCCUCGCACCCGCCGCGCUCGCUGGCAUCUACAGUUGCCUCUCCACGCUCGCCGGGUGCGCGCCACUUCAAAUCCUCCAGCUCUGGGUCUGGGAGUAUUUCCCGGAGCUUCGCCCAGAGAAGCAGGUUUCCCCGGACAACAACGACGACGGCGUGCCGGCCAGAGCUGCACAGUGGCACGACGUUGCAAAGGCGUUCAACCCCAUCUACAUCCAUGCAGUGUUCAUGUCACCAGAGAAGUUUGAGUGGAUGCCGUACGGCAGCAGCAGCAGCAGCAGCUUCGGUCUGCCACCCGGCAAUGGUGGGCGCACAGUCCAUGGCCAGGACAUCGCAAGAAGCGAUAAGCUUCUGUCCAUGGCGCUAUGUCUGCGCCCUUGCGAGCUCGUGGGCAUCGACUGCAUCGAGCAGUACUGUCCUCAUCGCGUCGCGAGGCAGCUGGGCUUCGAUCAGGAGUUCAGGACGUGCCGGGGGACGUCCGCCGUGUCAACUCAGAUUCCGGGGCCGCGUGGGCGACGUAUGAGAUGGAGGCCGGAGCUGUUGCGUCCAUCGCUCCGCAAGGUGACCCGGGCGUGACCGUUGAGUACGCGCGAUGGUGGCAGCCGUACUCGUCGACAUCCGCCACUGGUGUUGUUCAUCAGAUGAAAACCGAGAUGGAAGUUGUUUGCAUAGAUGAUGAUGAUGAUGCAGAGAAUGCACAACCUCAAGAUAACAUUCCACCAGUGGAAAAUUUGGCGAAUGCGCAAGCUAUUGUCGUUGAUCUGCAGUCAACAUCUGAGGACAUCAUGGUCAUCAGCAACGACGAGUCCGAUGAAGAAUCUGAAAUGGAUG